AUGGUCAUAGAUUACAGAAGGCUAAAUGAAAUUACAAUUGAUGAUAAGUACCCCCUUCCAAAUAUCGCAGACCUUUUCGAUAAGCUAGGUAAGAGCACAUACUUUUCGACACUCGACCUGGCCAGCGGCUAUCACCAAAUUGAACUUAAUGAAGAUGACCGACAGAAAACUGCCUUCAGCACCCAAAAUGGACACUAUGAGUGCCUGAGGAUGCCAUUUGGAUUAAAGACAGCCCCCGCCACCUUUCAAAGGGCUAUGAAUAACGUCUUAAGAGGGUUGCAAGAAAUCUAUUGCCUUGUGUACCUUGACGACGUUAUUAUCUUUUCCGCUAGUCUACAAGAACACAUGGAGAAACUCCGUACAGUGUUUGACCGACUUAGAAAGACUAACAUGAAAAUACAAUUAGACAAAUCUGAAUGUUUCCGAAAAGAAAUUUUAUAUCUUGGACACACCAUAACUAAAGACAGACUGCGACCAAACGAUGACAAAAUUAAAGUAAUACAGAAUUAUCCUCUUCCUAAGACAACCACCGAAAUCAAAAGUUUCCUUGGGCUGGUAGGAUAUUAUAGAUAG